AUGUUCCCUUCGCUUUUCCCUGCUCAGAACAAAGCUUUUGCCCUUCUCCUUGAUCGACAGGACAGGGCAGCUUCGGAUCAGGCCCUUGCCGGCCGUGACGUCAAAUCAAAUGAGAGGUUAGGGUUGCUGUUGCUGCGGAAUAAACUUGUGGGGACCGAGACACUAAGUUUUCUUUAUCUGGCCGAGGUUGACGUUGAGGUUGAGGCUGCUGGUACCGGUUCGGUCAAUUCGGCGAGUGAGAGGAAGUGGGAUUGA